AUGGCUCCUACUGGAGUCCUGCUUGAUUUUGCCAAGGAAUUUGAGGCGACAAGCAUACACGCUGAAACCAGCAAACUAGAAAAUGACAUUUUGAUAAAAAUCUACGAUUUUAAGAACCAGACCACCGACAAAACGCUGAACUGCGUAGAAACCAAACUCCAGCCAUCAUUUUUCGUCUGCGUGUAUCCCAUUGAUAAGGACGUUUUCAUCAGUAAGGAUCUGGUCUUAAAAAAAAACCCAACAUCAAUUUUUCUCGACAUCGGGGCAAACAUCGGCUACUACACGCUAUUAGCCGCCAAGUUAGGCCAUCCUGUUCUUGCAGUUGAACCCACGACUGACCACCUGACGAGGAUUCACAGGGCUUUGGAGUUAGAAAACUUAACUGAUAAUGUGGUGCUUCUACAAAAUGCUCUUGCGGUUAAGAGAGAAUUAGUUAACAUUUACGUUAGUAAGACUAAUCAAGGAGAUAACAGAGUUGUGCCUAAGAACUCGGGCGAAAAAGACCGCCCAUCGAAUUCGCACGACCUCUCAAGUGUGACCGUCAACUCACUCUUACUGGAUGACUUAAUUUCAGUUCUUACCUCAAACUUUUCCUCGUCCCAAAGCCUAAAAUCAACACCCCUUGUGAUGAAAGUCGAUAUACAAGCCAUGGAGUCGUCGGUUUUGGUUACUGGAGAUUAUUUCUUCGACAACACCAAUGUCAUUCUGGUUAUGAUGGAAUGGGAGCCUGUCAUAGGUCCGAAUUGUGAAUGA